GAUUGCUCUCGGCUAAUCAUUUUGGCCUAUCGGUACGUAUCGGUGCCUGUACUGGUGCGCACGAACGGUAAGCAGUAUCGUGUACCCGGGGAACAGCAGCAGCUGGCGGGACGACGACGCCGACUACUACUACGGCGGCCGCCUUGGUGGUGGUGUGGAAGGCGGUAGUAGGGGAAACGCGCGGGGCCUGUGCAUUAUUAAAGAUUAUUUAUGUGUCGUUCCCGUCCGUCAUACGUGUGCGUGCGUGCGCGUGUUUUGCUGGUUGCUCUGUGCUGAGUCGAGGGACAACAAUAACACUACCAUCUCGUCCUCCGCCCGAGUGCGAAUCAUCACCGUACCGUGUUUUCGUCGUGCGACAGUUUGUUCUUUCUCGGCCCCGUCCGCUACGCAGAUGGAUGACGAGAAACGAUCUGUUCGUUAGCGUUUUGUGGUGGAGCGCGAUGAUGCCGCGGACUGAACACGACAACGAUCGCGGUUGAUCUGCGUAUUAUUGCGCCAUAGCUGCUAUAAUUGUGCUUUAAGUGAUAACGUUUCGUGUUGUGUCCUGUUCUUUUUUGUGUGAUCAUUUUUUUAUGCAACACGAGUCGCAUCGACAGCCGAGGUGAUGGAGGAGACCAAAGUGAUCUAUCAUAUCGAUGACGAGGACACGCCGUAUUUGGUCAAACUGCCGAUUGCGGCCGACAAAGUCACGCUGGCUGAUUUUAAGAACGUCCUCAAUCGGCCCAACUAUAAGUUCUUCUUUAAGUCCAUGGACGACGACUUUGGAGUGGUCAAGGAAGAAAUUGUUGAAGAUGAUUCUCCAUUACCAUGUUUUAACGGUCGUGUAGUUUCAUGGUUAGUUGCUGCCGAAGGAAGUAAUAUUUCUGAUGGUACUUCUCAAGGUACUGAUUCUGGUCAUCAUACGCAUAGGACACAAGCUGAUAAUCAAGCUGGAAAAGCAGCAUUAUCACGAAUACAUCAAGAUGAUAUUGGGACAUGUACUGAUACUGAAUCAUCAAUAUCAAGUUCUAUACGUCCUGGACAUCAUCAUAUGGCUCGGGAAAGUCAUCAUCGUCUUGCAAAUCCAAAGUUUCUGAAAUAUAAUGGUUUGGGUAUGAAUGGUCAUCCCAAACAACAUAGACCGUAUGGUUCAUCUUCAAUGUUGAGUUCUGAGUUAGAAACUACAAGUUUUCUAGAAUCUGAUGAGGAUGAUGCCUCAAGUCGAAUUACUACCACAACUGGACGAGCAACUAAUGUUUCAAGUGAAUGGCAACGUUUAGCUGGUAGUGGUCGGCGAAGAACUCAACAAAGACGUAAAAGACAUCAAAGGCCUGCUGGACCAGGAGGAAUGUGUCGUACAUCUUCAUUUUCAUCAGUUACUGAUUCCAGUAUGUCAUUGAAUAUAAUUACUGUGACAUUGAACAUGGAUUCAGUUAAUUUUCUGGGAAUAUCUAUUGUUGGACAAAGUAACAAUGGUGGAGAUGGAGGAAUUUAUGUAGGAUCUAUCAUGAAAGGAGGUGCAGUAGCUUUGGAUGGUAGAAUUGAACCGGGUGAUAUGAUUCUACAAGUUAAUGAUAUAAAUUUUGAAAAUAUGUCGAACGAUCAAGCUGUUCGUGUGCUGAGAGAUGUAGUGCAAACACCAGGGCCAAUUAAAUUAGUUGUAGCAAAAUGUUGGGAUCCAAAUCCAAAGUCAUAUUUUACUAUUCCUCGAACUGAACCUGUUCGACCUAUUGAUCCAGGUGCAUGGGUAGCCCAUACUGCUGCCAUGAGAGGCGAAACUUACCCUCUACGACCACCUUCAGUAUCAACCGUUACAUCCACUAGUUCAUCGUUAGUAUCUACCAUGGCUGAAACAGAAAUAAAUGCUGUUCCAGCUAGUACAUUUAAAGACCUUCAGUUGGAUGUACGUAAUACAGACAUGCUUAGUAUUGUUCGAGCUAUGGCUAGACUAGACUCAGGAUUAGAGAUCAGGGAUAGAAUGUGGCUCAAAAUUGUUAUACCUAAUUCUUUUAUAGGUGUUGAUGUUGUUGAAUGGUUGGAGACACAUGUUGAAGGUUUCCAAGAUCGUAGGGAAGCUAGAAAAUAUGCUUCACAUAUGCUCAAAGCUGGUUAUAUUAAACAUACUGUUAAUAAAACUACAUUUUCAGAACAAUGUUAUUAUGUUUUUGGUGAUCUCCUUUCUGCAGGUAUGGAGCAAAUAAAAAUUGAGAGUGAUCCAAUUGAUAAUUCAGGAGUUGCUAGCCAUGGUGCUUGGGAUAUGCCAUACUCGGGAACAUUUAAUCCCAAUUCUUCGCCAAUGCCAUUUAAUUAUCCAGGAGAGCCUCCACGAUAUUUGUUUGAUAAAGAUGAAAGUGGUUCAGGUGGUAGUAGAUCUGGUUCAGAUAUUAUGAAGCAAAACAUGAUAGGGUUAGCAAUGAGUGAUCAUAGUGGUGGCACAGCUCAACAGAAUCCAGUUGCCGCCCCAUCAACUGUGGAUAAAUCUAGUGGUUCAGAAAAAUCUCAAGUGAUGGGUCCACCUAAUGUACCUACUGAUCUGUCAGCUAGUCAACAAUCAUUCCGAAUGGCAAUGGGAAAUCCUUGUGAAUUUUUUGUAGACGUGAUGUAAAUUGUUUAUUAACAAAACAAAACAGUGUAAGUUAAACAGUAAAAUAAGGAUUUAAUAUGUACAGUAUUCACUAGUUUCAAUGUUCUAUUCACAUUUUUCCUUCUUGUUUACUUAAUAUUUCAUUAUUGACGUAUGCAUUAUUUUCCAGUGGAAAAUUUAUUUCAUGUGAAAUAUAUAA